AUGCUAACCGGCUGUGUAUCCAUUGCGGCAGCGGCGCUGGUGCUGCUGAUCUCGGCGAAUGCGGUCACCGCAGGGGAUCCGCCAUUGAUGAUAGGGCUGCCGGGCUGCGACACCAGCUGUGGCAACGUGAGUGUGCCGUACCCGUUCGGCAUGGGGCCGAGCAGGUGCUACAGGCCAGGGUUCAAGCUCACCUGCGACAACGACGGAAGCAAGCCCCCGCGGCUGCUCCUCGGCGACGGCAGCGCUGGCACGUUCGAGGUCGACCGCAUCUCCCUGGACAGCAGCUGGAUGCGCGUCGUCAGCCAUGGACUGCAAGCCAUCAACAUGAGCGGUGGCUCCGGUCGGUGGAGCCUCGGUGAGACCGCCGACGGGGUGCUGUACUCCCUGCAUCCGAGGUCCAACGAGUUCAUGCUGACGGGCUGCAACGUGCAGGCGAUGUUGAUGCGAAAGGGUAACCUCGUCAGCGGUUGCGCCUCCUCCUGCCCUCCUCGCUCUGAUCGUCGAUUUCCCGGGUAUGUUCAGGGGCAUGGCCCCAACUCUACCUGCUCCAACAUCGGUUGCUGCCAGUCGUCCAUCGUUGGUAAGAGCAUGCCCUACGGCGCGUCCUACGAUGUCUACCUCAAUCGGCUCAAGGGCAUCCAGCCCAAUGACACGAAGCGCUAUACAACAGUGAAGAAUGUACUGCUCAUCGCCAAGGUGGGCUGGCUAGAGGAGCACAACCUGAAAGUGGUUAUGGAAUUUACCUACAAGAACAACAGUAGUCACUGGCGGCGGAAGGCUGAUCAACUCAGGGUCCCUGUGGUCCUCCAGUGGGCCGUGGCACACGACGUCCCAGUGUAUAAUUCUUCGCGCAAAUGCCCCCGUGACGUAAGGCGGAGCAUCUGCAAGAGCACCAACAGCAAAUGCAAGGAUGCCAAGUACUGUAAAGACAGAGGAGCCUAUUCCUGCCAGUGCAAGAAGGGCUACCAAGGCAACCCUUACCUCACCAGCGGAUGCCAAGGUAACGAAUUGCCCGGAUCGUUUGGUUGCCGGUGCCCGGCAGGAACACAUGGCAACUCUACCCUACCUGGUGGGUGCGUCCAGCCUGCAGGCAAAAUCAAAGGUAACUUGGGUUUAAUCAUUGGUCUCUCGGUUGCAAGUGGACCAUGCAUUCUACUGUUGGUUCUUGGUGCACUCCUAAUAACCCGGGCUCUUAAGCAACGCAAGGCGGAUGCAUUGAGACGGAAGUUCUUUAGUCAAAACCGUGGGCAACUGUUGGAGCAGUUGGUAUCUCACAGGGCGGAUAUCGCAGAGAGGAUGCUCAUUUCAUUAGAAGAGCUAGUGAAGGCUACCAACAAUUUUGAUCAAACUCGCAGGCUCGGUGGAGGAGGGCAUGGCACUGUCUACAAAGGGAUCUUGUCGGACCUGCAUGUUGUGGCCAUCAAAAAAUCAAAUAUUGUUGUCAAGAGAGAAAUCGACGAGUUCAUAAAUGAGGUUGCCAUACUCUCACAAAUUAACCAUAGAAAUAUUGUGAGGCUCCGUGGGUGUUGCCUCGAGACAGAAGUCCCUUUAUUGGCUUAUGAGUUCAUUUCCAAUGGAACACUCAGUGAUCAUCUUCACACGGAAGAACCAGGAUCGCUUCCUUGGAAAGAUAGGUUAAGGAUCACAAGUGAAAUAAGCAAAGCUCUCGCUUACCUUCACUCUUCUGUUUCAGUCCCUAUAAUACACAGAGAUAUCAAGCCUUCCAACAUACUUCUUGACGAUGCAUUGACAGCAAAAGUUUCAGACUUUGGAGCUUCAAGAUACAUUCAAGUGGAUCAAGCAGGAACAACAACUGCGGUGCAAGGAACUAUAGGGUACUUAGACCCUAUGUAUUAUUAUAAUGGGCGCCUCACAGAAAGUAGUGAUGUUUAUAGCUUUGGAGUCCUUCUUGUUGAACUGCUUACUAGGAGGAAGCCAUCUUUGUAUAGAUCCACCGAAGGCGAUGGACUUGUCAUGCAAUUUGUUGCACUACUUGCAGAAGGUAAUCUGCCCGAAAUAUUAGAUCCACAAGUUGUAGAGGAGGGGGGUAGCGAAGUGAAAGAAGUUGCUACUCUAGCUGUGGCGUGUGUGAAACUAAGAGCAGAGGAGCGACCAACCAUGAGGCAAGUGGAGAUGGCGCUUGAAGCUCUCCAAGCAACCAAGGAGCUUGUCUGGGCUGAUUUGGUAGAAGAAAUAGACGAGGUGUAUGUAGCAACGAGCUAUCCCUCAACCAGCCAACAAGCAAAGAAAAAACGAAAAGAAGCAAGCAGGUGUUAUAGCCAAGAAGAAGAGUUCAUGUUAUCCGCAACAUUCCCUCGAUAG